AUGUAUUAUACUUUAAUAAACGAUUCUCUUUUAUUGAUCUUCAGUUUUAUUGGAAUGUUAGCUGCAUUUAUUUAUAUAACUAUUCUAUGCCGUAUUCAUGAACAAAGAACAUCAAAAGUUCGUUCAUUAGCUAAUUUACUUUCAGCAAAUUCAUGUAUAGCUGGUUUCUUGCUUAACUUAUUCAAUUUUAUUGAUGCUAGUAUUAUGUAUCAUGCCGAUAUUAAUAUCAUCAAUGAAAAUCAACGACAACCAGAUUCCUUUUGUGUUCUGAGAGGUGGUUUUCGUUCUGCGACUCUUGGUGCUCUCUAUCAUUCAUUAUGCAUUCAAGCAUUCUAUCGUCUUUGUUGUAUAGUUCAUACAAAACAUCGUUCAUCACGUUCAUAUUCAUUUUAUAUUUGUCUUAUUAUAAUUCAAUGGGUUAUAUCAAUAGGAUCUAUUAUACUUUUUCUUUUAUUCAAACAAAUUGUUUAUAAUCCUGGUGGACAUUUUUGUCAAAUAACUCUUAAAAAUCUUUUUGCUUUUCCUUUCAUGUAUUUAAUUGAUUAUUUUCUUCCAUUAAUAUUCAUCAUUUAUAUUUAUAUAAAAAUUAUUAUUUAUCUUCAUCAUCAAAGUAUAAUUGAACGUUUUCGUCGACAACAACCAAUUCAUAUGUUUCGUCAUAUUAUUUAUAUGCUUAUUAUUCUUAGUAUAACCGGCAUUCCAUUACGAGUUAUUUUUUUUCUGACUCAUAUUAAUCAUAAAUUAGUACCAUAUUACGCACAAAAACUAGGCAUGAUAUUUGUUACAUUUUCACAUGCAAGUGUCAUGACUUAUACACUUCUUUUAACAACUGAUGUACGUCGUACUUUUCUUCGAUCACUUAGAGUUCCUUAUCAAAUGACAACACAGAUAGAACAUAUAUUACCUAUUGAAAUAUAUUUACCUAGGUUGAAUAUUAUUCAUUGA